AUGCAGAAGCAGCGGCUGCGAGUCGCGCUGGACCGAAUUCUGGGGGACGACGACGAGAGCGAAGAUGGCGGCGUGCGGGCGAGCUCGGUCGGAGCGGGAAACGCUGUUCCCGCGGCGGAGGCGUUUCGUGCGCAAGGACAGGGCCUCGGGCGCGUACAGAGGCAAGGGUCUAUCGGCAACGGCGCAGAUAGCAGGGGCCGUAGCAGGCAGCAGCAGCAGCAGCCGCAGCAGCAGCACCAGCAAGGGAACAUCGCAGCUCGUGGGAACGCAGGGGGGUUGACUAGCGGUAGAGGCUUGGGCGGAGGCGGGGGAGGGACCGGCGGAAGUGGAGGCGGCGGCGGCGGCGGCGGCGGCGGCGGUGGCGGCCGGGGGGGAGUUAUGCGCAGCACGAGUGCGUGCUUGGAGGAUAUGAGCAGGUAUGACAGCGAAGGGGGGGUAGAGGGAAAUGCGCAGGGGAGGAAAACAGGCGGCGCGACGGUGAGGAUGAGAAAGGGAGGCGGCCCGACGCUCAAUAGCGAACGGCUGAGUUCCGCUGUAAGGGGGAUGCAGAGCAGCGGGGAUCAACGGCGGUGGAUGCAGCAGCAGCUGCAGUCGCAGCAGGGCUUGAGUUCUGGCAGCGGGGGUUCUUGUAACGAGAGGAGGAAUCCCAACGCGCGGCAGCAGCAGCAGCAGCCGCAGCCGCAGCAGCAGCAGCACAGCAGAAGCAGCAGCGUCAGCACCAGCGGUUCUAACAACGGUAACGGUGGUGGUCCCCCCUCGAGUGGUUCACUCCCGCGGUCCCAAUCCGUUUGCCUUAAUAACGGUACGACUGGCGCGGGCGCAUCUGGCGCAGCAGCAGCAGCAGGGGCAGUGCGAGUCCGCCCCGCUGCGAAUGCUGGAGGGGGCGGCAGGGGGACAAGCGGAGGCGGUGGCGGAAGGAAGAGCGGCGGCCUCCGCCGGGCCUCCUCUCUGCACUCCAGCGUGAUGGGGGGGGCGGGAGGGGGAGGGGGAGGGGGAAGUGGAGGCGCGGGGGAGGCGGAUAAGCUACCUGGGCGCGCGCAUUCACAGCCCCGCGGGGGGGAGUUUCAAGAAAUGCUGGUGGGCCUGAGAGAGAGUGGGGAAGGGGGGAACGAGGAAGGCUCUAUGGGAGGAGGAUGGAGGGACCUUGGGGGGGACAGAGGAGUAGGAGGAGCAGGAGGAAACACGAAAGGAGAGAGUUUUCACGGCAUGGGUUCUGGCUUUGGGAUGCAGCGGCAGGUGGAGGACGGAGAGGAGGAAAGAGAGGAGCUAUAUGAGGACGAGGAGGAAGAGCUACAGUGGGAGCCGCAGCAGCGACACCAGCCGCAGCAGCAGCAGCAGCAGCAGCAGCAGCAAUGCCGCAUUCCCAGGUCUGUUUCAAGUGGUGCUGCGCUCACUCACCCGCUCUACUCCUCCUCCCCCUCCUCCUCCUCCACCUGCUCUCCUCUCAGAGGGAGAAAGAGCCCUUCUGUUGACAUGUCACCCUCGCUCUCGCCUCCCCGCUCCUCAUCUUCUUCCUCUCAGAUUCCCCUUGUGCAGCAGCAGCAGCAGCAGCGCCAGCAGCAGCAACCUUCGCGGUUUCACCAGAUACAUCGGUCAAAAUCAGUGCAAUCGGACUGGGGCGCUGUGGGUGACGGAGGACCGGCCGACCCACAGUCCCGGCCUCAAUCGCAGGUUCGGCGGCCGAGGACGCCACCAGGUCCGGAAGGCGCAGGGGGGAGAGGGGCAGGGGGGGCAGGAGGGGCAGGAGGGGCAGGAGGCAGCGUGGGGCUGUUGGCACGGCCUGGGACCGCCUCUUCUGGCACCACAACUAGUCUGAGGGGCGAAGGGGGCGCGGUGGGGAGUGUGGUGAGAGCAGGUGCAGGUUUGAUGAGGGAAGGGAGUGGUGGGGAGAAAGGGCGGGUGGGUCAGGGGGGGAGAGGAGGAGGGGGAGGAGGGAGUGGAGGGAGGAUGGUGAGGUUGGGGAGUGGGGACGAGGGAAGUGAGUUGUCUGAUUCUUCUGGCCAGUGGAGGGUCGGAGGGGGGACGGGGGGAGGUGGAGGGGGGUCCGGACCUCUGCCGUUGGUCCCUGGGCGGAAGCAGCAGCAACAGCAGCAGCCGCAGCAGCGGGCACAGGGGCAGCAGCUGCAGCGAGGCCUUAGCCCUAAAAAGCAGCAGCAGCAGCAGCAGCAGCAGCCGGUGCAGCAGCAGCUGACGCAGCAGCAGGUGGAAGCAGCAGCAGAGCAAGGCUAUGACUACGACCCUACAGACGUGUGGUCCCUGCUCGCGCACAUGUCCAAGGGACCCAUCUCGCACCGCCGCAGCGCCGCUGCUGACCUCCGCGCGCUGCUCAAGGGCAGCGCGCACACCAAGGCAGAGUUCCUCGCAACAGGGGCUGUGGACUUCCUAGUGGACGCGCUGCAGCAAGCUGACGACGGGAAGGUGCGCGAGCACGCGGUUACCGCGCUGUUCAACGUGGCGUUACACUCGGGGGCAACGCCGGUGCUGGUGGCGUGCGGGGGAAUCGAGGCAGUGGUGGGGGUGCUGAGAAGAGGCGGGUCCAUGGGCACGCGGGAAAACGCCGCUGCGACGCUCUUCAACCUGUCGAUUGCUGAUGGCACAGCGGAUAAGGUGCGUGCAGCAGGCGCGGUGCCUCUGCUGGUAGACCUCCUUCGCACGGGCAGCACGAGAGGGAGGAAGGAUGCAGCACUGGUGCUGUUUAACCUGUCAAGGGAUGAGGAUGGGGCUAAGGAGCUGGUGACAGCAGGAGCAGUGGAGGUUCUGGUAGACCUGCUGACGUUUCGAGAGGUGGGGCUGGUGGAAAAGGUGAUGGCGGUGACAGCGAAUGUCUGCCGGAGAGAGGAGGGGUGCAAGCGGCUGCUGGCAGUGGGGCAACCGCGCUGCUGCGGCGGUGCCAGCGGCGGUGGAGGCGGUGUGUGCGGCAAUGGGAGCAGCAGCAGCGACAACCCGCAGUGCCAUGGAGUUGACGCUAUUUCAGCACUGGUGGAGCUUGUAGAGGAGGAUGAGUCGCAGCGCACACGGGAGGAUGCAGUGAUGACUCUGCUCAUGCUCAUGCACACGAGCUCGCUUGGCAAACCACCCUGCCUCUCUCCUUCCUCCUCACUCAAUCCCACUAUGGUUAUCGGACGAUAG